UUACUCAAGUAUGAAAAGUGGGUACAUUUUCCACUGUAUCCACAGGUGUUCUAUGUAGACUAGUUAUGUUGCUGAUCUGUUUGUUGCCCUCUCCAUAACUUAUUCAAGGUUAGCUGACGUUUAUGAUCGGCUAUACACACAAAAAAACAGGAUCAGUUACAUGCGUGUUGGCAUCAGUUAUCAAAGAUACACAGUGACGGCUACCGUUCAAAGCAACAUUUAAUUCUAUCCAAUUAACCGGCAUGUUAAACUGCUGCAGGCCCGCCCCUUUCUGGCAGACAGACCAGCACUUCAAUCGCUAUCUCCCAUUUUCUCUUUUCCGGGUUUGACAGAGCAAGUGUCGACCAAUCACCGUUCAACAUCAACUGACACAGAGUCAUGAGCGAUUGCGUUAUGCUCGCGACAGUACGUAGUGUCCUGUGCAACAAUAUUCCAUCGAAGCCAUUCCGGAAAAUAGAAGUGCUACAUAUUGUAUGAUUAAGCUACAUUAACACUUUUAGUGAUAUCGUUCAGUGAUUUGCAGGUUUAGACAGAGAGAAACGUCAAAUGAAGACGUUGUCUGUGGAGGAUGCGCAUCGCUGUCAGUGUCAUUGGAUGUGGUGGAGUGUUUUUAAUUUAACCAUCAUCAUUCCAGAACGACAUCUACAAUAGCAACUUUUCACAAUGAGGCUGUUUGCGGUUUUAUUGAAAAACACCAAAAAAAUUGAAUAUUAUUCAAGAUUUUCACCGUCGCCUCUCUCCAUCAAGCAAUUUUUGGAAUUUGGUCGGGACAAUGCAUGUGAGAAGACAUCCUUUAUGUUCCUGAGGAAGGAGCUGCCGGUGAGGCUGGCUAACACCAUGAGAGAGGUCAACCUGUUGCCUGAUAACCUGCUCAGUCAGCCCUCAAUCAAACUGGUGCAGAAAUGGUACAUGCAGAGCUUUGUGGAGCUGUUGGGGUAUGAGAACAGAAAACCAGAGGAUCCUCAGGCCCUCAAUGAUUUCCUGGAGUUGUUGAUAGAGAUCCGUAAUCGUCAUAAUGACGUGGUCCCUACCAUGGCCCAGGGGGUUAUAGAGUACAAGGAGAAGUUUGGCUUCGACCCCUUCAUCAGCAGUAACAUCCAGUACUUUCUGGACCGCUUCUACACCAACCGCAUAUCCUUCCGCAUGCUCAUCAACCAACACACUCUCCUGUUCGGCAAUGACACUAACCCAGCCCACCCCAAACAUAUUGGCAGCAUAGACCCCACCUGCAACGUGGCUGAAGUAGUCAAAGAUGCCUAUGAGACAGCCAAGAUGCUGUGUGAACAGUACUACCUUGCUGCCCCUGCACUCCAGAUCCAGGAGUUCAACAUGAAACAGGACAAAGACAAAUCGAUCCAGGCUGUAUAUGUUCCCUCUCACCUCUUCCACAUGCUGUUUGAACUCUUCAAGAACUCUAUGCGGGCCUCCGUGGAGCUCCAUGAGGACAGUAAGGAGGGCUUACCUCCGGUGAAGGCCAAAGUCACACUGGGAAAAGAGGACCUGUCCAUAAAGAUCAGUGAUAGGGGUGGAGGUGUACCUCUGAGGAAGAUCGAUCGUCUGUUUAAUUACAUGUACUCUACUGCCCCCACGCCCAGCCUAGAACCCUCCAGCACUGUCCCACUGGCUGGUUUUGGCUAUGGUCUGCCCAUCUCUAGGUUGUAUGCCAGGUAUUUUCAGGGAGACCUGAAGCUCUACUCCAUGGAAGGGGUUGGCACUGAUGCUGUCAUUUAUCUCAAGGCUCUGUCCAGUGAGUCGUUCGAGCGCCUGCCCGUCUUUAAUAAGUCGGCAUGGCGACACUACCAAACCAGCCCUGAGGCAGAUGAUUGGAGCAACCCGAGCAAAGAGCCACGAGACACCAGCAAAUCAAAUUACAAGGCCAACCGAUAACUCUGCCCUAAAACGCUUCCCCCGCCCACCUGCCUGGAACACUGAACUCUGCCCCUUCAAUGAUCCCCUCGCUAACAAACUCAUCAUGGGUUUAACUUCAGCUGCCGCGGCGACACAACGCCCUCUCUGCAGUCAUUGAUGUUGUUGUCCCAGGGUGGACUUUGGAACAGGAUUUUAGCCCCACCCCCUGACUCCUUUGAUAGGUUAUUUGGUCAGUUGUUCCUCUUCACAAUCUGUUCUAAAUGGGACUACAGUGACCAGAUUGGUGGACAGACACUCAGUUUGAGAUGGUUGAGGUUGAGUUCAGCCACUCUUUCUUUCGAUCCCUUAUCUUCAGCUUUACUGACCACAGCACUCCCUUGCGGUUCUCUCCAGCCACUGUAGCUAGAGGCUCUGUCUUUGGGCUGGGAAAGGUUUCUGUUCUGCUCUCUCUGUGUCCAGUCUCGGUUUGUUCAGUCAAACAUAAUAGAACCUCUGUUUCUCUCUUCUCUCCCCUACAAAGCAGAAGGCUGUGACAGGCUGAGGGUUUGGGUUUCAGGCCCGACUGAGAAAAGGGAAAAGGAGCUCCUUUUCUCCCUUUGAGGACACAAUUUUGAAUGGGCACUAAUCUCGUCCACCAGCCGGUCGAUCCGUCUGGUCUCACAGCGCCUCAGAAUGAAACUUGAAUGGGAGACUAUGGCAGGAGCGGCGAAAACAGACGUCGAUUUUAAUUGUCUGAUCUCUGUCCAUCACCAUCUAGCCCAACCUUGAGAACAUACCCCAGCUACAUUGUGGACUUCAAAAUGCAAGUGAUUUAAACAAGGAAGUGAGUUCGGAAAAUCUGAAAGUAUGCAUAUUGGAAAUUGUUUUCACAUAUAAACUUUAUAUGCCCGAACUCAGAAUCAAUUGGGCUUCCCCAAAAUAAUAUUGUUUAUGUAAUAGAACAUUUAUUUUGAUUGACAAUUUUGCAAAGUCCCAGCUAAUAAAACUGUUGCUAUCUCUCACUUCCUGUCGGUUACCACUAGCUUCCACUGCCACAAAGUCAACAUUGGAUACAAAAAUACACUUUGUGGUCUUAAUUUAAGGUUAGGGUUAAGCAUAAAAUUAGCAGUUUGGUUAAGGUUAGGUUUAAAAAGAGACAUUUUAGAGACAGGCAGGGUUUAUGACUUUGUGGCUGUGCUAACUAGUGACGACCCUCUCCUGCCUCGAUAUAAAGACAUGCCUCAUAGUUGUGUGAUUCGCUUAGAAUUUGACUUGAUUAGCAUGGCACUCAGUCCCACCCUAUUACGGUCCCUGCUAUCUGGAGUCCUUGGGACAUCCCUACCCCAUUGAAGUUGAAAUGUAAAAGGGUUAAGGUAGGGACAUCCCAAGGAACCCAGAUAGCACUGACCACCCCGUUUUCAGACUAUGUGCGCCAGCAAUUCGACCCGGGCACGAGAUUAAUUAGGCACAAAUAGGGUCAGGGUGGGCAGUUGUCAUAGUUACGAUUGUCAUGGUUACAGUGGCGUGGCCAAUGCCAAGUUAUAGAAAAGAGAGUUGUAGUGACUAACCAGACCUAUAAGAACAUUUUAGGAACGAUGGGAACAAGCUUUAAACUAACUAAAGAUAGUUAUUAUGCAUUACGCAUGUUGCAUUAUAUUAUGGAAAGAAUCCGGAACAAACAGAUGCAUUUUUUUAUUAAUUAUUAUUCCAUUAUCUCAGAAAGAGGGGGAGACUUAGAACUCUGAGGAGUUUACAUUACAUUUACAUUUAAGUCAUUUAGCAGACGCUCUUAUCCAGAGCGACUUACAAAAUGGUGCAUUCACCUUAUGAUAUCCAGUGGAGUUAAGAAACAGUAUUGCAUGACAAAUGCCCUGAUGGCUAUAGUUUCAUUUCAACCCCAUUGUUUUAUGUUUUUACUGUAUUGUGAUGUGUUGGCUUGAGAGGAGAACCUAGUGAAAUAGGCAUCGUCAAUCUUUCCCCCAGAUCUUAACCAGCGAUACUGAUCCUUCCUGAACUCUUUGAAAGGUUAAAACUGUAUACUCAGAGACAGCCCACCUAGCUGUCUUGCCCCCUUUCUAAAAACCUUUUGGCGUUAAGUUGUUUUUAUUGAACAACUUGGUGCUCCAUUUAGGAGGUUUUCUAUGGGAAACACUGCUCUGAGUCUCAAAGAAAAGGGAUGUUUUCAGGACGCUAAUGUUAACUAACGAUGGUUCACCAUGUGAGCCUUGUCUUUCCUGUAGCUUAUUGCUUAUAAACCUCUCCAGCAUUACAUGUGUUACUGUUAACCCUCCCAACUCUUUCCACACCCUGAUAAGACCAUGCAAAGGCUACAUGACCUAUCCUAAAGAUAUCUACGUUUUGUUAUCCUUGUUUGUCCCCCUGUGGCACCAUCAACCCUGCAAAGCAAUAUGAACAUUCUCACGUUAACCAAGGCUAUCGCUAACAACGCCACACCGACUCAACCUUGUAAUUCACCUAGUAGUGGUAUUACUAAACCUUCUGAACAUUGAACGAGCUUGAACAUCAACUAGUAUUUUGAAUGGUUUUCCGAUAAGACAUGUAAUAGCUGUCAUUGGUUGAAGUGUGUGAAUAAUGCUCUUUAAGGAUGGAAGGGAUUGAUAUUUGUAUCUAAGUGUCAAGAAGAAUCUGUGGCAUUGUUGUGGUGUAAAACAGCAGCCAUUUUGAAACUCCAUUGUUUGUUUUUUACUUCAAUUUUUUUUUGCAUUUCUUUUUGUGUAACUGGAUGAUGAUUAUUCCAGAGGGCUCUUUCCUCCCUCUUUUUUGAUUUUAAAACUCACCUACAGUAUACACAGACUGUUUUUCUUCAUCAAUGUCUUCAUAUGCUGAUUACAUUUCAUUAGGCCUCUCUGAUAAGAGUUAACUCUGGGAUAUUAUUAGCUUGUUUGUUUGUGUUUUUUAGUUAUCCUCAUUCUCAUUGGCCGGUUUAUGAAAAGUGGGCCAAACUUGGACCAAUCAUGGAGCUCUGAUCUGACAUCAUCCAUUCUCAGUUUUCAGCAAAACCUGAACUAAGUCAUUCCAGCACUGCCAAGGAGGCACCUAAAAGGAGUUUUAAAGUGGGCUUAGCUGUAGAUAAGGUAGUGAAUCCUUCCUUACCUUUUUUGUACCUCAAAGGUAUUAGUAGCUUAUAUAUACAGUAUGGUAAUACAUUGAACCGGUGUGAAGUGAUUACUCAUACAUCCUUACUGUAUCUCUGAUGUAAGGAGAUGACUGCACUUUGUAGGAACUCCUCCCUGUAGAGAAAGUGUGUGCAGACGUAUGCAGCCAAUCUUAUCACAACAGUAACUUUUGUAUGUAUACAUGUGGUACAGUAGCGGCUAGCAUAGAUAGUAGACACAGUGCUAUACAACAAUAUAGAGGUAUUCAGCAUGAGGUCAAGCUUGCAAUACCUACUGUUCAUUUUCCAAAGCUACAAUAAAGAGAACAAAACAGCCA